AUGGCUGCUAUUUCACAUGGAGAUGUGAUUUACUCCAUUCUACAAUAUCUUGAUUUCAACAAUUUUGGACAAACAGCUCGAACACUUGAGAGGGAAUCCGGCUUGUUCUUCAGCUUGCCAUAUUUUGAAGAAUGUUUCAUUCACGGAGAGUUUGACGAGGCAGAAGAGUACUUCAACGGCUUCACCACAGUGCAUGACAACAUCUAUUCAACGAAGGUCAUUUUUGAGCUUCGUUGGUACAAGUUUUUGGAGGCACUGGACGAUAAUAACUAUGAGGAAGCAAAUGAACUUCUCCAUGAAGAACUCACAACCCUCCUGCCGUACAAUCAAAACCUGAUUGCACAGGCGACCGAGAUUAUGAACUUACACGACGUUAGAAUCUACCUACGACUUCAGGGCUAUGGAGACCUCAUAGAAGCAAGAACUGCGGCGAUGAUAGAUAUAAGGAGAUGUUUGGAGGCGAAUCCACUGCUGGUUGGGAAAAUUCGAUAUCGAAUUCCGAACGACUACAGUAGCGGCGGCCUUGCCAAUCUAGCAGCACUCCCUCCACCACCCGCAAUUCUGCUAAUUCGACGAGCAUCUAUAGCAGCAUUACAACCUCCAACAACUCCGUUGCUUGUACAAGUCCAUUUCAGGCUUAUUCCAGGCUUCGGAUAUGGGUCGUAA